GCUUGAAAUACAGAGUUUCUCUUGAUCAACAUUUAGUUGAAACAGAUCAUGUUCUCAUGAAUGUCCAAUGCAGAGCCUCGGGGGUGAUAUUUGUGAAGAGGAGGAACAGACAGGCCAUUGGAAGAAGAUCAAUACCUCGUGAAUUCUGGGCAUUCCUUAUCUGCGCUUACAAAAUGAGGGAGGUUAGAAAGGGAUGAGCUGAAAGUCUGGCUGAGGGAAAGAGUUGGCAACUGGACAGUGACCAGGAGCAGCCGAAGUUUGAUCCAAAUCCAGACGGUCCUGUUGGGGUUUUGUUGUUGCUCCUUUAUUGCAGUAGGAGCUCAGUCAGCAGAGACUCGGGACUGGGGGUUGGAACAGGGGCAGAACAGACGGUUACCAGUAUAUGGACUACGCCCCCUGAAAUUGGCAGUAUUUGAGCUCACAAUAUCAGGGAGGAUAUAAAGGGACGAGCUGAGCUUCUCAGACUGAGGGAAAGUGCAAGCGACUGGACAAGUCACAGUUUAAAGCUGAAUGGAUCCUGUUGGGAUUUCAGUGUUUAUCCUGAGCUUUAUUGCAGUAGCAGCUCAGAGAUCAGACCAUAAGUGCGAGAAACCUACGCUGGAAAAUGGAAGACUUCAUGUUUGGGUUUUGUCUGACCUGUCUAUAAAUAGGGUGAUUAGCUAUCGGUGUGAUAAAGGUUAUGUUCCGGCAAAACAAAUCGGUAAACUCUAUGGUACAACAAGAUGUACAAAGACUGGUUGGUACCCUGAACCCAAGUGCUUGGAGGGCUGUGGGCCCCCACCAGUAGUGUUGCAGGGAGAAACAGUACAAGACAGAAUGAAGUCAUAUGAACAUGGAUCUCUAUUGACUUAUAAGUGCCCACUAUACUAUACACUGGAAGGAAACCAAAACAUUACAUGUAGAAAUGGGCUAUGGGAUGAUCCACCAGUCUGUCAAGGGCCAUGCACGCUUUCUGAGGAAGACAUGAAAGCAAAUGGUAUCAGAAGAGGCUCCUUUUUCUGGUGGAGAGGGUCAAUACUGCAACAUGGAGACAGAGUUUCAUUUAGAUGCGUACAGGGCUACGAAAAAUCUGAAUUCAGCCUAAGAGUAGAAUGCAAUAAUGGCGUUAUCCCUUAUCCGAAGUGCACCAAACUAGAGAACUGUGGGUCCCCACCAGUGGUGCCAUACGGGGAAACAAUACAAGGCCGAAUGAAGUCAUUUGAACACGGCACUGUAAUGACAUAUCAAUGUCUGCAGUAUUAUACACUCGAAGGAAACCGAAAUGUUACAUGUAGAUAUGGAAAAUGGGAUGAUCCACCUGUCUGCAGAGAACCAUGUGUGGUUACCAGCAAGGACGUGGAAGAAAACAAACUGUUGUGGCUAUUUAAUGAGAAACUAUAUUUUCCGCAUGGAUAUUACGUUGCAUUUAUUUGUUCACAAGGAGGCUACAAACUGCAUAGAGUACAGUGCCACCAAGGUAUUAUGGCUUAUCCCAAGUGCUCUAGACAAGAUUGAUCUCCGAAAAGGGAGAAAUCCACCAACAUACCACACUUAACUAACAAGAAGAAAUAUACAAAAGUGAAACCUCUAAUUUGUGAGCCUUCAGAUUGAUCCUUGAGUAUUUUUACUUGCUGUUUUAUGUAAGAUUUCUAAUAAAGGUGUCUAUAAACCCAUAAACUGCUAUAA